AUGGCAGAUCUACCAGAAGAUCGCGUCGAGUCGUCUACACCAUUCUCAUUUAGUGCGAUGGAUUGUUUUGGGCCCUUCCUUACAAAGAAAAAUCGCAAAGAAUUUAAGAGAUAUGGUCUCCUGUUCACCUGUCUAUGCUCCAGAGCUGUUCACAUAGAGUUCCUGGAUGAUCUCACGACUGACGCCUUUAUCAAUGGGCUCAGGUGCUUCAUCGCCAUACGAGGGAAAGUUCGUCAGAUCCGAUCGGAUCAAGGUAGUAACUUUGUGGGGGCAAAAAAUGAAUUGAGUGCAGCCUUGAAAGAGCUGGACAAGGAAAGGCUAUCGUCUUACUUGGCAAACAGAGAUUGUGACUUCCUCAUGAAUGUGCCUUAUUCUAGUCAUGUCGGUGGUGUUUGGGAACGCCAGAUCCGGACUAUAAGAAGUGUCCUUGGUGUAGUGGUUGGACUUUGUCCAAGCAGAUUGGACGACUCUUCACUUCGUACACUGUUUUAUGAAGUCAUGGCGAUAGUGAAUAGUCGCCCCCUCACGGUUGACACCAUAAAUGACCCUACAAGUUUGGAGCCGUUGACCCCAAAUCACAUUCUUACCAUGAAGCCCAGUACACCACUGCCACCUCCAGGUAAAUUUGUUCCGCAAGAUAUGUAUCUCCGAAAGAGAUGGAGAAGAGUACAGUAUCUCACUGAACAAUUCUGGUGUAGGUGGAGAAUGGAAUAUCUCCAGAACCUCAACAGAAGACAAUGUUGGAUUAAGCCAAGAAGGAAUAUUACGGUGGGAGACAUCGUUCUGUUGAUGGAACCAGAAGUAGCGCGGAACAAGUGGCCCAUGGGCAUCGUAGUUGACUCUACUAUGGGAAAAGACGGUUUAGUGAGGAAGGUCAAGGUGCGAGUUGGUGCAAAGAACCUGAAUAAUCUAGGAAUACGAGAAGGCAAGCAGACUAUCCUGGAACGUCCUGUGCAAAAGCUAGUAUGCCUUGUAGAGAGUAAAUGA